UACAAUUUAUGUUACGCAUAAUUGUUGGUUUUUAUUGUGGUCUGAGUGAAUUAUUUUAGAGAUAUCUGUCUUCUCUCUUUCAAGCAGUUGUACGACGUCUUGAAUGCCCGGAGAAGAUGCAAAUACGGCCGCAGAGUGCGACGACCUUCCUACAGGGACUUUGUUACGCAGUGUGUUUAAGAACAUUAAAGUGCGCAGUAUUUACGCAUAUCCAGCUAAAAAUGUCAACUCUCCGCUCGGAGACCUGUAUGUCCCUUCCAACACUCCGUAGUACAGAGCGGUACAGAGAGAGCGACAGUAAGCGCGGAUAGUUUGCUUUUAAAACACAAUUUCGCCUCAUUUAUAGCAACGUUCAGAGUAUUAAGUGUACAUUUUCACUUACCGUUAAUAUCUCCAGAGAUCAUACACGUGUUGGUGAUCCUGGGACUUUUGUGCCAUGGACGAUGAUUGCUUAUCGCUGCUGCCACUCAUCUGUGUGGCUUUGGCAGAUCCGAGGCAGUCUCCGCCUGAUGAUACCUCUUUAGAAAAGCUGCUGGAUUGGUUUAAAGAGCUGCCCAGACAAAGUAAUGGGGAUUGUCUUCUGCAGCAACAGCCGUGUCUUUUGAAGUUCAUAUCCAGCGUUUGUAAAUGUAAAGAUACGGAUCACACUAUCCUGUCCUUUACCCUCAAACUCACCGGAUAUCUGGCUGACACCGAGCAAGGCUUCAGCUUGCUUAAGGAGGAAGGCCUGUUGGCGUGCGUGUUUGAGAAGGAUGGUUGGUGCGUGCCAGAUUUUUGGCAUGAUGCUUCGGUGCGCAGCGGCUGGGUACAGGGAUUGUUAAAUAUGCUGAACCAUUGGAAAGCUCUUGACUUUAUUUGUGGAAAUGGACUCAUCAAAGUUCUUCUUCAUCUGCAGAAUGACCCGAGCCUGUUCGUCAGCUCUUUAGCCAAUCAGCUUCUAGUGAAUAUCCUAAACUUCAUGACAUCAUCAAAGAUAAAUAACAGCAGUGAUGUUGUGGGUUCAAGUCAAUCUCCUCUGGGCUCUGUCACUUCAGAGAUCAUGAGUGCCAUGGUUGAAGCAUUGGGCUCAGAUAAGCAUCCUCAGGUCCUCCAGGGCUUAAAACUGCUGUCAUUGGUUUUCUCUCAGUGUGGGGAGCCAAUCAAAAUCAUGCGAUGGGAAGAUGUCCUGGUACCUCUGGAGGUCUUGAUUAAAAGGGGAUCAGGAUUAUUGACACAGCCUCUUAUGACUGUGCUCCUGGCUGCUAUCAGAUCUCCUCUGCCCGGCCAAUCAGAAUGUAAAGUAAAUGAAUUAAUGGAAGUCAUGUUGGGUGCUAAAAAUGGAAAGAACUGUUUUCAGUGUGCCGCACUUAUCGUAAAGCUGGAAAAAUGUCCUGAGGCUUUAAAAAGAAAGGCCGCUGAUGUCGUCUUGCUCCCCUUGCGUUGUGUGUCUGCGAAGCCCCAAGACGCAGCAGCAAAAGAGCUGGAAAUAGUCCUGGAGGAACAGCUAUCCCAGAAAUCCUUGUGCAUUUCACUUCUUCUGCAGAGUUUAUCUGGCAUAGCAGAGCUGGCACACACAAAAUAUCAAUUUGAAGACAUUUCAGCAAUCACCUGCUCUGUGAUGUUGCUCCUGAGAAUUUGCAUUGGACAUUGUCCGUUCUCUUCACUGCAUAUUAUUGAAUCCACUCACCUGAUUGGCUGCUGCAAGGUUCAGAGGUGUGGUUUGGAUACGUUAAGUGCCCUCAGUGUAUAUAAAGAAAACGUGGAUUUACGACAGAAGGUAUUUGGUGUCCUCCUGGAUUAUCUACAGAGUCCAGAUUCCCAUGCCACAGUCUUGAAAAAGGCAUUUCAGGUCACUGUAAGGUGGGUUGAUGUGUGUUCAUCUUUCCCCGAUCUGCUUCAGUUCAUCAAUCGCGACCUCUUCCCUGUAUUGGAGAAACGCACGUGUGAUUUGCGAUGGGAAGUGAGAGACUCCGCACUAGAGUUUAUCACUCAGCUGACAGCCGUCCUUGGUGGUAAUGGUGAAUACGUUGAAGCCCUGCACACCAGUGGGAUGUUCUCCAUUCUUCUAUCUUCAUUAAGAGAUGUAGAAGGUUAUGUCAGGGCGAGUGCUGCGAUGGCCGUCGGUGAAGCAGUUACCUCUUCUGUCCAAGAGAGGGAGCUUCUUAACAACAACACGCUGGAGGAGGUUUUGAUACAGAUGAUGGCCAUUCUUUCUCAAGACACUGAGGGCUUCCCUCGUAGAGCUGUGAUUAAAGCCUUCACAUCAUGGGUUAAAGGACCACACCCUUUACCAGCUCUGGACCAAUCCCUAAGCUCCGUGCUGUCACUGGGAGGCAACGACUUUGACUGGGAGGUCAAAAUGCACACACUGGAGCUAGCCGAAGUGUUGAUGGAGAAGACGCUGACGUGCUGUCCGUACACCGUCGAGAUCUUUAGUUUGCCAGAAGCUUUGCGCAAACUCAAAGAUAUCGGGCUGCUGGAUUUGUUGCUUAACAGCUUGUUCGACUGUGACAGGCCGGUGUGUGAGAAAGCUUGCAGGCUUUUGCUCAAGCUGAGAACAGUUGCAAGUGAUGGCAGUGCUCUUGUCUUGGAUGUCUAUGGUAACCGAUGGGGCGAUGAAGUUCAAAGUCGAUACCUCAACAAACCGCAGGCAGACGGGACUCAGUGUGUGAUAAAUGGAGUUAAGGAGUCUUGUGAGAGGACAGAUUGUGAUCCUCUUAGCAUCAAAGAGAUUAGUUUGACGAAAACCCUGCAGUUCCUGGAUCUGGAUCGUAUGCAGAGGACUUUGACUCUGAGUAGUGAUCACGUAGUGAAUUCUCCACGGUCGCUAAUGGAGGACAUCCUUUCAUCAGUCCAGCAGACUGAGGACAAUAUAGUAGAUUGCUAUUGAGAAUAUACUUUAUAGCAUACAUAUUUUUAAAGUACCAGAGAGAACAUAGCACAGGUGUUGAAUAUAUGAUACAUCAACAACAUUGUCUAGAAAACCAGUGGUCAUCAAGCUCUGCCUUAAAUGUUCAGUUUUCAUAAAGUAAAAACACAAAAUGAAUCAUGCAAGAAAAUUCUCACAGAUU